UAAGGCCUCACCUCUCCGCCCCACAACGUUCGGCCGCUGUUACCAGAGAGGAAGAGAGAACGAUAAGCGGAGAGUCGGUCGGGCAAAAGCGAACCUCCGACUCCCCCAGCAAUGGAGGCCGUCGCCUUCUCCUUCGCCUCUUGCCCUAUCCCUCUCGUCUUCUCCAGCACUAAGAUCAACAACUCCCAAACCAACCGUCGAUUCUUUCCCACUCGAAGGCCUAUCCACAAUCCUCAUUUCACAUGGAAAUUUCAGGUGUCAAAUAUCAUCCAAGGGUAUUCUGUUAGUCCUUUAUGGUGUGCAAUGUUCAACAUCAGUGGAAGAACAAAAUGUCUCAAAGCAGUUAAGGGUGCUGAAGGAACUUGUGCAUGUUGUGGUAUCAACAUUCACAAAAUAAUAAGUUGGCAGGAGAAAUUCAAGCACAAUAUUUCUGUUAUUUUUGUUCGCUUGGUAACAGGCAUGAUGCUUGUUAUAUCGGUUUCUCUAAUCGUUUGUAAGACUCCAUCAGGGGCACUCACAGAAGAAAAUCGCCUUUUUUUGGAGGCAUGGAGAACAGUUGAUCGUGCAUAUUAUGACAAAACUUUCAAUGGGCAAAGUUGGUUUCGUUAUCGAGAAAAUGCACUUCGAAACGAACCAAUGAAUACACGGGAGGAAACAUAUAUGGCAAUUAGGAAAAUGCUUUCAACAUUGGAUGACCCUUUCACUCGAUUCCUAGAACCUGAGAAAUUCAAGAGUUUGCGGUCUGGCACUCAAGGUGCCCUCACAGGUGUAGGGUUGUCAAUUGGUUAUCCUACAAUGCUCAAUGAAUCAGCUACAGGGCUCGUUGUAAUAUCAUCAUCCCCAGGAGGUCCUGCCAACAAGGCUGGCGUUGUACCUGGAGAUGUUAUAUUAGCAAUUGAUGACACAAGUACGGAAGACAUGGAUAUAUAUGAUGCAGCAGAUCGCUUACAGGGUGCUGAAGGAAGCUCAGUGAAAUUAGCUAUUCGCAGUGGAUCCGAGAUAAGGAAUCUAGUUCUUAAGCGAGAAAAAGUUACAUUGAACCCAGUGAAGUCGAGGCUAUGUGAAAUUACAAGCUCAGGAAUGGAUGGCUUCAGGAUUGGGUACAUAAAGCUAACAUCAUUCAACCAAAAUGCCUCAGGAGCAGUUAAGGAUGCCAUUGAGAUGUUAAGAAACAACAAUGUAAAAGCAUUUGUAUUGGAUCUCCGGGAUAACAGUGGUGGCCUUUUUCCAGAAGGAAUCGAGAUUGCAAAAAUCUGGCUGGAGAAAGGUGUCAUAGUCUAUAUAUGUGAUAGUCGUGGUGUACGGGAUAUAUAUGAGGCAGAUGGAAGCAAUACGGUGGCAGCAUCAGAACCUUUGGUGGUGCUGGUCAAUAGAGGAACUGCUAGUGCAAGUGAGAUAUUAGCUGGAGCACUGAAGGACAAUAAAAGGGCUCUGUUAUAUGGGGAGCCAACAUUUGGAAAGGGGAAAAUACAGUCAGUUUUUGAGCUCUCUGACGGCUCGGGCUUAGCUGUCACAGUGGCUCGGUAUGAAACGCCUGCUCACACUGAUAUCAACAAGGUUGGCAUUAUUCCGGACCACGCCCUUCCAACAUCAUUUCCAGUUGAUGAAGAUGGAUUUUGUGCUUGCUUCAAGGACCCAGCCUCUCUUUGCAAUCUUAAUGGUGCUGAGCUAUUCGCAAGAUGACCUGUUCAGAAGAAAAUUUAAGAAAACUUUACCCUUUUCUGUUUUUUUAGUUGUGUUAUCAUUUGUUUAUUGUUGUUAACAUUUGGCAACGAUAUUAUUCUGAUGAUCAUUUUUUCCUUGUUUCUUGUCUGGUAGCUGCUUAUGCAGGAAUUUUGUACCAGAAUCAAAUGAAAGAAUUUCCUUGCAAACUUAUUUCUUGUUCUU